AUGGCACCAAAGCUCGACCCCAACGAGGAGAAGAUUAUUCACCUUCGCGCCACUGGCGGUGAAGUGGGUGCUUCGUCCGCUCUCGCUCCUAAGAUCGGUCCUCUCGGUCUGUCGCCCAAGAAGGUCGGAGAAGAUAUCGCCAAGGCUACGGGUGACUGGAAAGGUCUCCGCGUCACCGUUCGCCUGACCAUCAAGAACCGUCAAGCUGCCGUCUCCGUCGUCCCAUCUGCUUCCUCCCUUGUCAUCAAGGCCCUCAAGGAGCCCCCGCGCGACCGCAAGAAGGAGAAGAACAUCAAGCACACCAAGUCCAUCCCCCUCGACGAGAUCAUCACCAUCGCCCGCACCAUGCGCUUCAAGUCCAUGGCCAAGGACCUGCAGGGCACAGUCUUGGAGAUCUUGGGCACAGCCUUUAGCACUGGUUGCCAGGUUGAUGGCCGGAGUCCUAAGGCUAUCUCCGACGAUAUUCACAGUGGAGAGAUUGAGAGUAAGGAUACGCAUCUUCGCUUGCAGAGAGCAGUACUAACGAGCCGUAGUUCCUUCGGAGUAAAAUGCUUCGCAUGUAUCACGUCAACAUCAUUCACGACUACGAGUCUCAGCAACAUGAGCAUGCGAUCGGCGUCUGGCGCAGAUAGUGCAUCGUCACCAGAUUUCGAAGCCAAAUUUCGUACCCAUCAUUUCCUCGCUCACCAUUCUUCCUCUCACGUCCUUCCACUCUCCCCUACUCUCCUUCCCAACUUUGCCUACACUCUGGCCACAAUUGACACACCCGUGGUUAUUGGCCUAUUUUGUGCAAAGGAGAUUGAUGCUCCGACCUCUUACUCACCGUGCCGCACUCGCGCUUCCUUUACGGUGGCUGUGGGCGGAAUGGUCCAUAUGACUUGGUCUACAUAUCUUACUGACCUCUGA